UUAUCCAAGCAUCCCUUCAUCUGUCCCACUAUUAGCCCAACGGUUAAGGGCGCCGGACAGACGCAGCUUCCACUCGGGUAACCGCGAUUAGAAGUGGGACCCGGAGCGCGGUUGAUUUUAGCGGGCUAGAGCAGGCAACAGUACUUGCGACCAUGCAGACUUACGCCAGGGCCUGGGGGAUGCGUCUGGGUUGCGGAGUUAGUGGCCGCCGACUGACUGGAGGCAUGGGACCGCGCUGGGUGUCUAGCGGUCGUGACAGCAAUAGCGGCGGAGGGGACAGCGGCGGGUCUGGGGCCUCGCGCCUCCUCGAGCGCCUCCUGCCUAGACACGACGACUUUGCUCGGAGGCACAUCGGCCCUGGGGACAAAGACCAGAGGGAGAUGCUACAGGCCCUAGGGCUCACGAGCAUUGAGGAACUGAUCGAGAAGACGAUACCAGCCAGCAUCCGCUUGAAAAGACCCUUGAAAAUGGAAGACCCUGUUUGUGAAAGUGACAUCCUUACAACUCUGCGUGCUAUUUCCAGCAAAAACCAGAUCUGGAGAUCAUAUAUUGGCAUGGGCUAUUAUAACUGCUCAGUGCCACAGGCAAUUUCACGGAACCUACUGGAAAAUUCAGGAUGGGUCACACAGUAUACUCCAUACCAGCCAGAGGUGUCUCAGGGCAGACUGGAGAGUUUACUCAACUACCAGACCAUGGUGUGUGACAUCACAGGCAUGGACAUGGCCAACGCAUCCCUGCUGGAUGAGGCAACUGCAGCUGCAGAAGCCAUGCAGCUGUGCCACAGACACAACAAGAGGAGGAAAUUUUUUGUUGAUCCCCGUUGUCAUCCACAGACAAUAGCUGUCAUCCAGACUCGUGCCAAAUUUACUGGAGUCCUCAUUGAACUGAAAUUACCCCAUGAGAUGGACUUCAGUGGAAAAGAUGUCUGUGGAGUGUUGUUCCAGUACCCAGACACUGAGGGGAAGGUGGAAGACUUUAUGGAACUCGUUGAGAGAGCCCAUCAAACAGGGACUCUUGCCUGCUGUGCUACAGACCUUUUAGCUCUAUGUAUCUUGAGGCCUCCUGGAGAAUUUGGGGUAGACAUUGCCCUGGGCAGCUCACAGAGAUUUGGGGUGCCUCUGGGCUAUGGGGGACCACAUGCAGCCUUUUUUGCUGUCAGAGAAAGCUUGGUGAGGAUGAUGCCUGGAAGAAUGGUGGGGGUAACAAGAGAUGCUACUGGGAAAGAAGUGUAUCGUCUUGCUCUUCAAACCAGGGAGCAACACAUUCGGAGAGACAAGGCUACCAGCAACAUCUGUACAGCUCAGGCCCUUUUGGCAAAUAUGUCUGCCAUGUUUGCAAUCUACCAUGGUUCCUGUGGGUUGGAGCAUAUUGCCAUGAGGGUACAUAAUGCCACUUUGAUUUUGUCUGAAGGUCUCAAAAGAGCAGGACACCAACUGCAGCAUGACUUGUUCUUUGAUACUUUGAAGAUUCAGUGUGGCUGUUCAGUGAAGGAAGUCUUGGAAAGGGCUGCUCAACGACAAAUCAAUUUUCGGCUCUUUAAGGAUAGUACGCUUGGUAUUUCUCUUGAUGAAACAGUUAGUGAAAAAGACCUGGAUGACUUGUUAUGGAUCUUUGGUUGUGAGUCAUCUGCAGAGCUGGUUGCUGAAAGCAUGGGUGAGGAACUCAGAGGUAUUCCAGGUACUGCCCUCAAGAGAACCAGUCCAUUCCUCACACAUCAGGUGUUUAAUAGCUAUCACUCAGAAACAAAUAUUGUUCGAUAUAUGAAGAAAUUGGAAAACAAAGACAUUUCCCUUGUUCACAGUAUGAUUCCACUGGGGUCCUGCACCAUGAAGCUCAACAGUUCAUCAGAACUCGCACCUAUCACAUGGAAUGAGUUUGCUAACAUCCACCCCUUUGUGCCUCUGGACCAAGCUCAAGGAUACCAACAGCUUUUCCAAGAACUUGAAAAGGAUUUGUGUGAACUCACAGGCUAUGACCAAAUCUCCUUCCAGCCUAACAGCGGAGCCCAGGGGGAAUAUGCUGGGCUGGCCACCAUCAGAGCAUACUUAGAUGGGAAAGGAGAGAGACACAGAACAGUUUGCCUCAUUCCGAAAUCAGCACAUGGGACCAAUCCCGCAAGUGCCCACAUGGCAGGCAUGAAAAUUCAGCCCGUCGAGGUGGAUAAAUACGGGAGUAUUGAUGCAGCUCACCUCAAGGCCAUGGUGGAUAAACACAAAGAGAACCUCGCGGCAAUCAUGAUUACGUAUCCAUCCACCAAUGGAGUAUUUGAGGAGAACAUCAGCGAAGUGUGUGACCUGAUCCACCAACACGGAGGACAGGUUUACCUAGAUGGGGCAAAUAUGAAUGCCCAGGUGGGACUUUGUCGUCCUGGAGACUUUGGGUCCGAUGUCUCACACCUAAAUCUUCACAAGACCUUCUGCAUUCCCCAUGGAGGAGGAGGCCCUGGCAUGGGGCCCAUUGGAGUGAAGAAGCAUCUUGUACCUUUUCUGCCUGAUCAUCCCGUCAUUUCAGUAAAGCCAAGUGAGGAUGUUUGGCCUGUAGGGACUGUCAGUGCUGCUCCAUGGGGCUCCAGUUGCAUCUUGCCCAUUUCAUGGGCUUAUAUUAAGAUGAUGGGAGGCAAAGGCCUUAAGCAGGCCACAGAAGUCGCCAUAUUAAAUGCAAACUACAUGGCCAAGCGAUUAGAAAAGCACUACCGAGUCCUUUUCAGGGGUGCAAGAGGUUAUGUGGCCCAUGAAUUUAUUUUGGACACAAGACCCUUCAAAAAGUCUGCAAAUAUUGAGGCUGUGGAUGUGGCCAAGAGGCUUCAGGAUUAUGGAUUUCAUGCCCCUACUAUGUCCUGGCCAGUGGCAGGGACUCUCAUGGUUGAACCCACAGAAUCAGAAGACAAAGCAGAGCUGGACAGAUUCUGUGAUGCUAUGAUCAGCAUUCGGCAGGAGAUCGCUGAUAUUGAGGAGGGCCGCAUUGACUCCAGGGUCAAUCCACUGAAGAUGUCACCACACUCCCUGACUUGUGUCACAUCCUCCCACUGGGAUCGGCCAUAUUCCAGAGAGGUGGCGGCGUUCCCACUUCCCUUUGUGAAACCGGAGAACAAAUUCUGGCCAACCAUAGCCCGGAUUGAUGACAUCUAUGGAGACCAGCACCUGGUUUGUACCUGUCCACCGAUGGAAGUUUAUGAGUCUCCAUUUUCUGAACAGAAGAGGGCCUCUUCUUAGUCUGCCUUCAAGUGACUGAUUUGAUGCUUUUCUGCAGAGUAUUUGAUAAGUAAGACCUAUUUCAUUUCUCACCCCAGAGUCAAGUAGGGGUUUUAUGUACUUUGUAUAUUUAUGUUAAGUACAGUUAUAAUAGGGAGGGAAGUUCACAUGGAAGCCUGAUUUGCUUCCUUUUCUUUGCUUCUUCAUGUAGCAGAGAAAGCAUGUUUAAGUUGCCUUGAUUGAGAGCCAUUUAAUUUUUUGCAUAGAGAAUUUUGGGUGUGUUAGGAACUUUUAACUUGUCAACAUAGAAAAUUUGCAAGUUGCAGACUCAACAGACAUAUUUUUGUUCCAAAUAAGUCCUUGUGGACUGUGCCAUCUGUGGGAAAUCCCAGGGCAAAUGUUUACAUUUUAUAUACAGUAAAGAAAUCUUUCCUGUGACUAAUGUGCUUACUCUGUUAGAGUAUUCCUGAGGUUUUUAUCUUUUUCUUUGUUUUUUAAAAAAUCUGCA